AUGGGCAACACUAUGAAGAAAACUCCAAAAGCUGCCAAGAUUGCCAAGGAAACUACCAUUCGUGUCUUACAAUGGAAUAUUCUGGCAGAUGGUUUGGGACAAGAUGGGUUUCUAUCCACCGAGUUUGUUCCCAUUCGAGAGUCCUCCGCUGCUACUGCCAACGGAUAUGAAGCCAUUCAAUUCAUGCAAAUGGUACGAGAGGCCAAAGUGGACGAUGCCAAAAGCGGCGCUAUUCAAGCUAUGAACGAUCUGAAAAAGGCAGAAAAGAAACUGAAGAAACUUAAAGAUGGGUCUUCUGCAGACGUGGCAAAACUGAAGCAAGAAAUUGCCUCCAUGAAGGACACGGUUUCCAAAUCCAAAUUGGUCAAUCUAAAACAGAAGUUCGAACAUUCUCCCGAAUUGGAAAGGGUGAAUGCUGAAACUCUAGAUUGGAACGUUCGUUACAGCCGUAUCAAAGCACUUUUGCUUCGAGCCGAUCCAGAUAUCAUCACCUUUCAAGAAAUGGAUCACUUGAAGCAAUUUUUGGACGAUGGGACCUUUUCUUCCAAAUAUACUUGCUUGUUAGACGCUCAAGGCAGAUAUCGACCUCCUUUCUACAACAGCGACGAUACAUCCAAGGAUUCCCGCCGGUCAGAGAACUACAUGAAGCAGUUGAUUCAAUCCCAGGCUGCCUUUUGCCCCAAGUCAUAUUCCCAUGCUUACAAUUUUCGAAAGAAACGAUCUCGACCAGGAGCCAAGGAUUUGGAUGAUGACGGGGUGGCUGUCUUUUGGAAAAAGGACAAGUUUGAGGCAACCGAGUUGGGAUACUUGGAAUACCCUCCCAAAGAGGGAGACUCUAAGAAAGAGGGAGCACUAGCAGUCACUCUGUACCACAAGACAUCCAAGCAAUCGAUCAAUGUUUUGACCGCACAUUUGCCAUCGGGGGACGACGUGGCCAAGGAACAAGAACGGUUGAGCGUUCUCAAGAAUCCAACAGCCAUGUGUGUAGCCCAAAGGCUUUGCCGGCAAGGCAAUGGAGAAUGGAAGCAAGUCCCCUAUGAAGCAAACUACAAGUUUGACGGACUUCUUGCCUUUAUCCAAUAUUACACGCAACAGGAUGCUAAACAAACGAGUCCCCGAACCAUAUUUGCGUUGGAUACCAAUUCUCGACCGACCUUUCCGCUCACAGAUGCGUCCUCCGCUACGAAAGGAGAAAAGACGAAUGUCUGGAAUUCCAUUCGACAAGGGUCCAACCUUGAAAGUAUAUGGGUGCAAACUUCCUUUUUGGAUUCAAAUGGCAAGGCCACCAAUCCUCAGUAUCCCUUUGUAGCCACUGUCAACAAAAUGAGAGGACCCUCUUCGGACCAACCAUCCAAGAUUGGUGAACAUCAACUCGAACUGAUUGAUCAUAUUUUCACCAAUGCCCGCAAUUCGCACGUGGUCAAAGAUGUCCAGAUUAGUGAAACCGAGAUAAUACCACUGGCACCAUUGCAAUAUGCCUCGAAAGAAGGUAAGGCCGAAGUCAGUCUGAAUCCAUCCAUGUCCAUGCCCAGUGAUCAUCUUCCCGUAGUCGUGGAUAUUGCAUUGUAA